AUGUACAAUGAUGUUACGAAUAGCACCAGACCGCUUGGGGUUGCUAUCCCUGGAACAGUUCACUUGGUAGAUUUGGAUCACACCGUGCAAUCUCGUCAUGCCCAGACAAGACAAGACAUUGUCCUGGAUCCCACCCCUUCGAGCGACCCCAAUGAUCCUCUUAAUUGGUCUCCUCGCCGCAAGCUAGUGUCACUUAUCUGCCAGAAUCUGUAUACUUGGUUCGCUGGUAUAUCGGUUUCAACAGUAUACUCUGUGCUCGUCCCUCUUUCCGAGGCAACCGGAGUAUCAACCGAUACGUUGAAUCAAGGGACUGGUGCAUACGUCAAAAGUAAUCGCGCAUGGAUUGCUAAGUGCAUAUUGCAAGGUUUCUUCGUCGCGCCUAUCGAGGCCCUACCGGAACUUUCUGUAACUGACUUGUAUUUUACUCAUGAACGUGGAACAUAUAUGGGAAUCUAUGCCUUUACCUUGGCAGGCAGUAACUAUUUUGCUCCUGUCAUCUGCGGCUUUAUCGCAGAGUACCAGGGGUGGAAAUGGGUAUUCUACUGGCCAGCCGUGUUUUUAGGCGCGGCACUCAUCUUUCUGUUAUUAUUUAUGGAGGAAACAAACUACAGCCGUGGCGUAACAGUUACCCCUGGCCUGCCAGUCAUGCAUUCGGCCGCCCAAGAAAAGGUUCCACUAGCCACCCCGGCACCACAGACAGUCGACGUUGCCGAGGCCUCUACUGUAUCGAAGACAUACUUCCAGAAACUUUCAGUUUGGAAUUUUAACCCAAGCCAAAACAUGAUUCGCCAUGCCAUUCAAAGCGUGAGUUUCCUGGGCUGGCCAGUUAUCUUCUAUGCAGGGUUCUCGUAUGGCUCUUAUCUAGUUUUGUUCAACGUCCUUAAUGCUACGGCAUCUAUUAUUCUUUCCGCGGAGCCUUAUAACUUUGCUUCAUCAAUGGUUGGGCUUAGUUACUUGUCCUGUUGCAUCGGCGUUAUUAUCGCGGCUUUUGUCUCUGGUAGGAUCAGUGACUGGCUAACAAUCAAGCUUGCGCGCCACAACGGUGGUAUCAUGGAAUCUGAACAGCGCUUAUGGCCUUUUGCUAUUUGUAUCAUAACGGUACCGGGAUCCCUUAUUCUUUGGGGCGUGGGAGCCCAACACGGUAUCCACUGGUUCGGCUUAAUAUUUGGGAUGGGCUCUCUGGCUUUCACCUCCACAAUGGGCAUCACGCUGAGUGUCAAUUACCUCGUAGAUAGCUACCAUGACAUCAGUAGCGAUGCUCUCGUCACAGUUAUUCUUGUGCGCAACACAAUGUCCUUUGCAAUUGGCUACGGGUAA